UUCCCCUAACUACAAACGCAAUCCACCCUUUCUCUCCACCAUAACCAAAAACCGUAAUGGCCUCUCCAACGCUGUUAACCCCAACUUCCAAGCUCAAACCUCUCCUUCCCAUCAAAGCUAAAGCCGCCUCAGCCGCACAACCACAUCCGCCACCACAACAACAACCUUUAAGGCGCCAAUUCUUGACCCUGGCUGCCACCACCACCACAACUCUGUCGCUUGCGGGGAUUCUGCCAGUGACAGCAGCAUUUGCUGCCUCGGAUGAGGAGUACGUGAAAGAGACUGAAGUAGUGAUCAACAAAGUGAGAAGCACCAUCAAUAUGGACAAGAACGAUCCCAACGUUGCUGCCGCUGUGGCUGAACUUAGAGAGACAUCAAAUUCUUGGGUGGCAAAGUACAGAAGAGAGAAAGCCUUGCUUGGUAGAGCUUCUUUCCGUGAUAUUUACUCAGCAUUGAAUGCUGUUUCUGGUCAUUACAUUAGCUUUGGACCGACUGCCCCAAUCCCAGCAAAGAGAAAGGCUAGGAUUCUUGAAGAGAUGGACACUGCAGAGAAAGCAUUAUUGCGAGGAAGAUAAGCAACGGUGGUCUCGACCCCAUCAAGGGAAGCCGGAUUCUUUUUGUUUAUUAAACUACAAGAUUUAACUGCUUAAAUGGUAUUUAAUUUAUCGAGUUUAAGAUUGCAUAUCGAGGUUCAGUUUGUGAGUUAUGAGAAGAGAAAUCUCCGAUUCAAUGGUAGAGUUUUCCUGUGAUGUUAUAAAUUA